GUCACAUCGGUCAUGACCAAAGAUCAAAAGAGUCAUCACUCGGGGCAUCAAAUCGAGACAAAAAUUUCUACGCGAGUUUUUCCAGGUUGUCCAUCAGCGGAAAACCAGUUGUAGCUGUAUCGUCUCUUCCGGGUGCGGAAACAAACGAAACGGAAGUGUGGUUUCCAGGUUUUGUCUAGCUGGUUACAGUGCUCUGACGGAAGUGCUGCUGGAAGAUACCACGAAGCAGCACCAUGAGUGACUUUUUGAAAUCGGCCAUGAAUUACUUCCAAGCUGGUUCCGGACCAGGUUGCGGAGCAGGAUCCGGACUGGACAACGAGUUCGUAGGCCAAACCGUCGAAGUCGGAAGCGUCAAGUUGCGGAUUAAACGUGUCAUCGCAGAAGGUGGGUUUGCUUACGUGUUCGUUGCCCAGGACGCAUCUACCGGGAAUGAGUACGCCCUAAAGCGGUUGCUCGGUGCCGAUAAAGAAGAGUGUAACAACAUAAUUCGAGAAAUUAACACCCUGAAGCAGCUCUCCGGCCAUUCUAACAUUAUCCGCUUUGUGGCGGCCUCAUUUAUCGACCGGACGCAAAAUACGACAGCUAAACGGGCCGAAUAUCUGCUGGUAACCGAACUCUGCAAGGGUGGCUGCUUGAGGGAUUGUUUGGACAAGGAUUUAGCCCCGGACAGUGUUUUGCGGGUGUUCUAUCAAGCAUGCAAAGCGGUGGCUCAUAUGCAUUCGCAACCUGUGCCGAUUAAUCAUAGGGAUAUAAAGAUUGAAAACUACUUAAUCGGUAGCGAUGGUCAGCUGAAGCUGUGUGAUUUCGGGUCUGCAUCAACUGACACUUUCGCUCCAGACGUCACGUGGAAUGCGCAUCAACGAGACAUGUUGGAGGACAAUCUGGCGCGCUGUACAACACCAAUGUACCGUGCGCCCGAGCAACUUGAUACAUGGGCCAACUACCCCAUCGGCAUCAAAACAGAUGUCUGGGCGUUAGGAUGCAUUUUGUAUUGUUUGUGCUAUCGAAAGCAUCCGUUCGAGGAUUCCGCAAAACUGCGAAUAAUCAAUGCAAACUAUACCAUUCCAAAUGAUUCGCGCUACAGUUGUUUCAGUGAGAUAAUCAGAGGAUGUUUGAUGGUAGAUCCGAUAAAACGCUUCGACAUCUCAAUGGUGUUGGAACGCUUAGCUGCUAUUGGAGAAACCAAAGGUUGGCCUUUAAAGGGACCUCUGAAUUUGGACGGCAAGCCCCUGAAUACGCCACCAACUGGACUAAGUCCAAAUCCAAGUCCUAUGCACCAACAGCAAGUUGAGGGGAGCCAUCACGCUCCCCCCCAACGCCCAGCUCCUCCAAGACCGGCACCGGUUGCAGCAGCAAUGGGAGAUAAUGGGCAUGCUGAAAGGAAAAAUCCUCACAGACCACCGGAUCCAGUGCGACCUCCUCCGCCUGUUGUUGUUCCUCCGACAGCAGGAAUUCAUCACUACCCACAACAACAAGUUACACCUGGAGGCGUUAGUGGUGGCGGCCUUUUUUCAUCAAUCAAGGGUGGGGCAGGUAGUUUUUUGAAAAAUCUGAAGGAAACUUCAACCAAAGUUGUUCAAACCGUGCAACAAAGUAUAGCGCGCACUGAUUUGGAUAUCAGUUACAUCACACAAAGACUUCUGGUAAUGCCAUGCCCUUCAGAAGGUUUGGAAUCUGCUUACAGAACAAACCAUAUCGAUGAUGUUAGGGUCUAUUUGGAGAGUCGUUUCCUUCCUACAAAAAUCAGUAUUUAUAACCUCGGCCCUAGAAGCUGCCCAAGGUUACCGCCGCCUGUACGCACCGUAGAGGGAAGUUUCAUCUAUUCUCCGGCACCGGCUUCGUUCAAAGCGCCUACAUUAGCUGGGUUGUAUUCACUGGCCGAAGAUAUGUAUGGUUUCCUCAAUGCUGAUCCAAAAACAGUAGUUGUUAUUCAGAGUCCGGAUUCGGGUAAAGCAUUAGCAGCUACGAUGGUGUGCGCUUUGUUGGUGUAUAGUCAACUGGUUACAGAACCGGAGGACGCCCUACAGAUAUUUGCUGUCAAACGAACUCCUCCGAAUAUGCGUCCUUCAGAACUGCGUUAUUUGUAUUACCUAGGUGAUAUUGUGCGAUCUGUUCCGCAUCUGCCCCAUUACAAGCCGGUUACGUUGGUUUCAAUAACUGCAAAUCCGGUACCACGCAUGACGAAAGCACGUGACGGAUGUCGUCUAUAUAUUGAAGUUGCAGCUGGUGAUCGGAUAUUGUUCAGCACUUUGCAAGAUUAUGAACGCAUGCGACUUUACUUAGCGAGUGAAGGAAAAAUUACCCUUACUCUGAAUGUAACAGUAUGUGGCGAUGUUACAAUGACGUUGUAUCAUGCAAGAAAUGCUCUCGGGGGUAUUGGUCGGCCUCAAGGACUUAAAAUUUGUCAAUUUCAAUUUAACACCGGCUACAUUCCGGAAGAAGAAACACUUAUAAAUUUCAACAAAUCCGAAUUGGACGACGUUCCGGAUGUAGAGCACGUCCCACAUGGGUUCAAUGUAGCAUUAUCGGUGUUCGUUGGGGACUCAGAACGACCUCCAUCCCAGCAGCCCCCAUGGAUUCCAUCAAAGUCUGCUCGUGAUCCAAAAAUAAUGUUCGCUUCCCUUCUAGAAUACGAAGAGAAUGUUGACAAUUUCAUAACAAAACCUACAGCUUCCAAGCCAGCUGCCCCGCAUCGUCCACCCCCUGUACGUCCAGCUCCUCCUUCGCCGCAACCUCCUCGGGCUUUUCCGAAACCUCCGUCAGAACCUUCCGAUGAUGAGUCAACUUCAAAUACUCAUAAUGAUGCCGAUUUGCUAAACAUCAGUAAUGCCAAUCAACAAAAGUCUACUCGUGAACCGGCGACAGUUCAGUCUAAUGAUGCUACUUUCGAUCUGUUAGGAGGAUUUGAAGCACCCAAAACACAGUCGGAAGCAAGCGGAGUGUCACAGCCGGCCUCCGGAAUAGACGAUAUAUUUGGAGCAUUCGAAAGCGCUAGUACAGGACCGGUUCCACUGCAAAGUAGCAAAUCGGGCACUGAUCUUAAUGGGCUCAACCUUAAUUUCGAUAAUUUCGGAGGCAUAGCCCAGCCAGCCACAACUGCGGUGAACGGUGCUUCCAACAACACCAAUCAAUUUAACAACAGCUUCGGUUUUGAUCCGUUUGCCGGGAUCAGUGCAAGUGCAUUCUAUAACAGUUCUCAACCAGCUUCAGCUCAACCGGCAACAGCCCAGCAACCGUCACAGCCAGCCAACAAAGAUCCUUUCGCUGAUAUCGGCAAUUUGGGAGCAACCUUGGGAAGUAACCCCACAGCACAGCAGUGGUCUACGACUACUCCCAGUCCAAGCCGAUCGGCACAGUUUGCUAGUCCUACAAACCAGUCAACCAAUCCUUCCCCAAGAAAUCCUUCAACGCCCGUUCAUCAACAACACAUGCGAAGUCCGAAUAUGGAACAAAACCGGCAACCCGAUUACAGUCGAUCUCACUUUGAGCAACCGAAAGGAGGAGCCAACGGCGCCAAUGGCAACAACAACGGGCAGAAGGAACCGAAAUCUGGUGACAUUUUCGGGGAUAUACUUGGCUCUCAGGGUUAUUCGUUCGGCAGCACCAGAAGCCAGGGACCGCGAACGAUCAACGAUAUGCGCAAAGAAGAACAGAUCCGAGAGAUGGAUCCCGAACGCAUCAAACUAAUGGAAUGGACGGAAGGAAAGAAGAAUAAUAUCCGCGCUCUGCUGUGUACGGUACAUACCGUGCUGUGGCCUGGUGCUAAAUGGACAAAAUGUGAGAUGCAUCAAUUGGUGGGGGCCACAGAUGUUAAGAAGAUGUAUCGCAAGGCCUGUCUAGCAGUACAUCCCGAUAAGCACACCGGCACCGAAAACGAAGGCUUGGCCAAGCUUAUAUUUAUGGAACUUAACAACGCCUGGAGUGAGUUCGAAAACGAUGCUACCCAGCAGAAUCUAUUUGGAAACUAAAGCAGACCCAAAAGUGACGGAGAACCAGUCCAAAUAUACCACAACUAAGAAAUUGUAAUGUAUAUGAGUGAGUAUGUUCUAAGGCUUUGCUUCGAGAAUUUAGAGUUUUAUAGUGGGAGAAUUCUUUAUUCAUGUUAAUCAGAACUGAUUUAAAGUGUUUCGAUUUAAUCCCUGUACCUAUGUGUUGAGACUAUGCUCACUAGACUAGACCAAAUUCGUAUGGGGAAAAUUAAACUUGUGUGAAAUCUUAAAGGUUUUAAGCUACUAUUGACCCUAGGCCUGGCACAAGGUCCUAUGCAAAAUGUUGAACAAAUUGGACCACGGGAAGGAGUCACGCAACAAGCCUGAAAUUUUUGGGCAAUCUCGAGACAUUUUUUUAGAGAGGAACUUGAAAAAUCGGUUUUCACCAAUAACUUUGGCCUCGACCUAUAACUUUUUUUUAUCAUAACUCUAAAUAACUUUUUAUUAAUAACUCUUAUCAGAAAGCAGUCUUCGAAUGUAAUAUUUGUUAUAAUUUAUCUCAAAAAACAUAUUCAAAUGGAUCGGCUAAAGAGACCAAGGAUAUUCGCCAAAAACUGUUUUUUUUUUAUGUUCCUUCCAAAUCAAAUGUCUCCAAAUUCACUCUAACGCUCAUUUUACCGUCAAAUGAAUUUGUACGGUGUGCAAUAGAAAAACGAAUUUGAUGGAAAAUAGACUCUUGCUUUUUCAACGCUCAUCAAAGCGACCACUGUUUUUCAAUUGUGUUGAAUCCUUAAACACUAUGACGUUAAACUUCACAAAAAUCAUCUUAAAUAAAUUUAUUACUAUAGCUAAUGAUACUGCUAAAUAUUAUCGUACUGUUGAGAUUAUUCCACCUUCAAAUAAAAAUGUAACUCAAAUCUGGGGGAUGACUGUUUAUUUCCGUAAAACGAGCAAAAAAAGGAUUGUUUGUUUGAAGGAACGAUAACCUGUUUAUAUUUAUUUACAUUCAAGUUUUGUUUCAAUAAUUACCUUGAAACCAAAAUUCAAGUAACAUUUGUUUGGUUCAAUAGACUCUUAUCGAGAAAUUGUAAUAGAUUUUCUGUGAUGGCGUAAUACCUGUUCAUAAGCUUACUGAGUGAAAAAGACGAUUAUGCCAUGUAUCCUUAUCUUUCAUAAUGUUUUGAAUUACUAGAAACAAUUGGAGGCUAAACAAUAUGGAGGGUGGUGGGUCGAAUAAUAAAUCUGGAAGAAAAUUUAAAAACGAUUAAACUAGACACUUUCUGAAGAAAAAUAAUUCAAAAACAACAUCUAUAUCCUCAGUGUUAGCUAGUGUUUAACGAAAACAAAAAGGUAGCAGUGUAUGUUCAUCGCAUCCAUUUUGAAGCUCGAAUAGCAAUGUAUCAUAAUGCAAAGCAAGCAAAAACAACAUUCAAAAAGCGGCAAGCAACACUUGAUUGUGAAAAAAUACUAACGUUGAAAAUAUUUAAUAACUCUUACACUUUACGCUAAACAAAUAAAGAUAACGCCGAAAAUUAUCCGAAAAUGAUCACAUUGAAUUAAAGCCGGAAAAGCAACUGUGAUUGGAAACCCGUUCGAAAAGUUCAGCUGAGAUAAAACAUGAUUUUUCGGUUAUGGUUACUUUCAGUGGAAUAGAGUUGAUUGAAAGUCAGUUCGUUGAAGAAGUAAUCGAUUUGCCUUUUGCGUUAAAGGUGCGAGUAAAUAACAUUAAUAAAACGUUGAUUUCGAGCGCGUGGUAAAAUGUGUUAAAUAGAAAGUUCCAUUAAAGGUAUAUCUGUCGCAAAAGAUGCAUUUCAGUUGACAGGUUGAUUUCAAUAAUUUUGUUUUAGUAUUAAAAAACACUAAGUAGCGAGCUCCGUAAGAAAAAGUGGUAUGCAUGGAAAGAACUCCUUGAUAGGUUGCAGUAAGAUGUCAAAGUAAUUUUUGUUUCCUGUAAAUAUAUUCAGUGUCUGGUUCCAGCCCGAGAAUAAUUGAAAGGUGUUGAAGAUAAUUUUCUAUGCAAAAUCAGUUUGAUGUAUCCUCGAUUAACUAUAUUUGAUCAAGAACAUGCGAAAAGCAUCCAAAUCAUUCCUUUUUUCAUUUGUUACUUGAAUAAUGUUUUUUUUUUCAAAAAACCCAAAUCGAGCGACUGAUCUCCCACCUGUUUUUUUUUUCUAUUGUUUAAUUUAAUCAAUACUGAUAGAUUGAAGCGUACAGAUAGUUACAAAAAAGGAUAAUAAACCAGGUGAUAGUAACAGAUUAAAACAAUUAUUGGUAACGAGUAAGUGCAAAAGUUACGUUGAUGUGGUUUAAUAAUUUAUUCGAUUAUUAAUAUCUAUUAGACAUGCGUAUAUGAUUGCUUGAGAUGAAUUUAAUUCACAUGUGAAUAUUGAUAAAACAUAACAGAGCAGAAACAAACAGAAAACAGUCUAUUUAUGAAACAUAACGUAGUUAAAUGAGCAUUCUUCUUAUUAAUAAGAUUAUGAAGAUAUGAGCUGAA